AUGUUUAUGUGUCUUCGUGUAAAGUGGGUCCACGCCAGUACACCCCAUUUUCAGAUAAAAGGCGAAGUCAGUCGAGCGAGCUUCGAUCGCGGGAGCCUAUAUAAAUCUACUAGAUAAAAUAUCCAGGACUGGGUGGAAUUUUAAUAUUUAGUGAAGAUCAAAAUGACGCAAUAUGCAAAAUAUAUUUUACUACUGUCGUUACUAUCAAUCAUUCACGGUUCCCCCUAUGACAACGGGAAAUACAACCCGAGAAAAUACCGUGUUUUAGACGACGGACGGUAUUAUCGGCCUUUAGGCGAAGGAAAGUACGUCCGAGGCGAUGAGGGCAAAUAUACGUAUGUAUACAGACAAGGUCUGUAUCCCGAAGACGACGGAGACUACAGAUAUAUACACCAGGAGGGUCCAAACGGAGGGUUUGGGGGCAAUGGUGGAUUCGGAGGGAACGGGGGCUAUGGAGGCAACGGAGGAUUUGGAGGAAAUGGAUACGGAGGAGGAGACGGACAUGGAAAUGGGUAUGGAAAUGGAGAUAGGUACGGCGACGAAAACGGUGUAGAUGAUUCGUCAUAUAAGCCAAAUAAAAUCGAUUAUGGGAAAAAGAUCUACGCAGAGCGAUACCCUCAUCUCCACAAGAUAAUUGAAGCGCUGGUUAACCAGUACGUGUCUCCGGACUACAUCGGUUUCGGAGAUGAGUCGCAGGGCAGCUCGGCGCACUACAACAAGGUGUACGACAAUAAGGAGGUGGCUGUCAAGUGCCACUACCUCUCCCCUACGGAGCAGGCAAAUGCUUCAGAGUUCGUUACGCAGUACCCACCACGCUUAAAUUCUUUGAUGCCUGGAGAUACACCGGGGUCCUUCUACAGCUUCAAAGGCACGAAGGUCCUCAGCGCAGUCACCAACUAUCGCCCAUGCAAGCUUAAUCUGGAGUACGAAGUAUUGGUCAGGGUGGUCGAUAUUACCGAUUAAACAUUCAAUUGUUUAUUUAUUUAUUAGUUUGAUCAUAAUCAAAGUAUGUUACUAAGUAAACUGAAAUAAAGAGGCGUUUUAAAAAAAAUCAUAAAUUAAUAGUGAAUGUAGAGAAAUUCUAAAUAAUCACUAUUAAAUUAAAAAACCCCUACGCUAUAAUCGAUAAAAUAUCCAUUUAAAUGCCAAAAAUGCCCUACAAUAUGAUUUCUAUUAAACAUAGCUACCACCGCAAGAAAACUCGCUUUCACAUAAAAAAAACCGCAUUGAAAUCGUUAUGUCCGUUUGAGAGCGACAAUGCCAUAGACAGACAUGAGACAGACAUUGAAGUCACACAUAAUAUUAUAAUACCCCUUUUUUUGCGUAGGGGGUUAUUAAAACAGUACCAAAUAAAGUUAAUAAACAGUUAAAGGUAACAUUAUAAUAUUUAUUUUUGGGUUCCCCUCAUUUGGCAGAAUAUUAUUUGUCAGAAAUACACUUCGCAUAACCGGCAUAACACGUAUCGCAGAUUUUUUUUAGUCGAAUGAUUCUUUCGCAUAAAUAUAUAUUUGCCAUAAUAGUCAUUUCGCAUAAUAUUCAUUUGGCAGAAUUUUCUAAGUGGGUUAGGUUAGGGUUUUCUGCCAAAUAAUAUUAUGCAAAAAGAAAUUCUGCAAAGUAAUAUUAUGCGAAAGGUAAUUCUGUCAAACGACAUUUCUGCCAAGUACCUAAUAUUAUGCAAUACAAAAAUAUGUCAAAAAGGUUUGUGCAACACAAUCUACGGGCAGAUUUGAAGUGAUAACCGGAGACACAGAAUAAGUAAUAGUAUUAUCAUACCGGAGAUUCGGGGAGACUGAUUUUGGACGUAAGAUGUAACGCU